AUGCGCAGGAUCGUCGCACGCGCAGCCGAUGCUCACCGUCUGAACCAGGCUUUCUCAGAGACUCCUUUUGACAACUUCAAGUUCGAGCCCAUUACCGAGCACCAGGUGAGCCGCGCUAUGACCAGCCGUUACUUCAAGGACCUGGACGAGUACGCCGAGACCGAUGUCAUCAUUGUGGGCGCUGGAUCCGCCGGUCUCUCCUGCGCAUACGAGCUCUCCAAGUACCCCAACGUGAAGGUGGCCAUCAUCGAGCAGGGGGUUGCCCCAGGCGGUGGCGCGUGGCUGGGAGGCCAGCUCUUCAGCGCCAUGGUGGUGCGCAAGCCCGCACACACCAUCCUGGACGAGCUUGAGGUGCCCUAUGAGGACGAGGGUGACUUCGUCGUCAUCAAGCACGCCUCCCUCUUCACCUCCACCAUCCUCUCCAAGGUCCUCCAGGCGCCCAACAUCAAGCUGUUCAAUGCGACGGCUGUUGAGGACCUGGUGGUGCGCGAGGACGAGCUUCGCGGCAAGUACGUGGGCGGCGCCGUCACCAACUGGACGCUGGUCUCCCUCAACCACGACACACAGAUGUGCAUGGACCCCAACGUGCUCGAGUGCAAGGUCAUGGUCUCCUCCACUGGCCACGACGGCCCCAUGGGCGCCUCAGGCGUGAAGAGGCUGCAGAGGCUGGGCAUGGUGACGGGCGUUCCAGGCAUGGCCGCCCUCGAUAUGAACACCGCAGAGGACGCUGUUGUGCGCAACACCCGCGAGGUCGUCCCCGGAAUGGUCAUCUGCGGCAUGGAGGUGGCUGAGCUGGACGGCUGCCCGCGCAUGGGCCCCACCUUUGGAGCCAUGUUCAUGAGCGGCCAGAAGGCAGCCCACUGCGCGCUCAACUCCCUGCGCCGCCAGAACGCCCUCGACAAGGACGUGCCAUCCCGCGUGGCAGUGCCCGCCCCGGAGCUGACCAAGGCUUAA